UCUAUGUUAGCAUUGGUCUGACUUGACGCUACGCGGUGAUUGUUAGCAGCCACGUCUCAGAGCAGGGCGCCAGCAGCAGACAUGGGCUAACCCGUCCGGACAGGUACACGGCUGUCCACAGUGGGUGUAGUCUUUUGGGAGUGUGUCUCCGUGUGUGGACUAUGGCUGGCUUCGGUAAAGCCGCCUCUUCAGCCUCUGUGUUUACAACGGUGCCGCAAACAAACAGCGGCUAGCAAACAUCACCGUGCAACUUCCUCCUUUUAUAAGGUUCCAGUGUCGGGUCCCAGAUUUUUACCACAUAGCGGUCCUAACCACAACGUCCGGAUUCGUGGAGGGGUGCAGGUCUGUGAGCCGUUUCUUUUGUGGUGCUGCAGCGGAUCGUAGGUGACUCCAGGACUUCCGCUGCGAUACAAAGACCCAGUCGAUGAGAAGAUGGACUGAGCGUCGUGUCGACCCCUCAGCUGCUCAUACUUCCGUCCUGUCCUUCCCUUAAGCAGCAGGCGUAAUGACAGGCGGCAGGCACAUGGGCAGACACCCGCUGUGGCGCCUCCUGUCGCCCUUCCGCAGCCGGCAGGAGCGAGUGGUUCUGGCCCGAAGCGAGAGCCUGCCGGGGGAGCAGGUUCUGAAGAUAACGGUCACCGAGACCACAGUGAUCGAAGCGGAGUCGGGGGUGUGGAACUGGCGCUCCUUGACCUACAUGGGCCUCUGGUACUUCUUCAGCUUUUGCACUCUUUUCCUCAACAAGUACAUCCUGUCGCUGCUGGAGGGGGAGCCGAGCAUGCUGGGUGCGGUCCAGAUGCUGUCCACCACUGUCAUUGGCUGUGUGAAGAUGUUUGUCCCCUGUUGUCUGUACCAGCACAAGUCCAGGACCGAGUACCCUGCCAACUUCAUCAUGAUCAUGCUGUUUGUUGGACUCAUGAGGUUCAUCACGGUGGUUCUGGGCCUCGUGAGCCUGAAGAAUGUGGCGGUGUCGUUCGCAGAGACGGUGAAGAGCUCAGCGCCCAUCUUCACUGUUAUCAUGUCCCGGCUCAUCCUCGGGGAGUACACAGGACUGUGGGUGAACUUGUCGCUGUUCCCCGUCAUGGCCGGCCUGGCGCUCUGCACGGCCACAGAGAUCAGCUUUAACAUGCUGGGCUUCUCCGCCGCUCUGUCCACUAACAUCAUGGACUGUUUACAGAAUGUGUUCUCCAAAAAACUGCUAAGCGGCGACACGUACAAGUUCAGCCCACCUGAGCUGCAGUUCUACACCAGCGCUGCAGCCGUCAUCAUGCUCGUACCUGCGUGGGUUUUCCUCUUGGACAUCCCAGUGAUUGGGAAGAGCGGCCGCAGCUUCAUCUUCAGUCAGGACAUUGUGCUGCUGCUGCUUUUUGACGGAGGUCUGUUUCAUCUUCAGAGUGUCACCGCCUACGCUCUCAUGGGACGCAUCUCCCCAGUUACAUUCAGUGUUGCCAGUACUGUUAAACACGCCCUGUCCGUGUGGCUCAGCAUCAUCGUGUUCAGUAACCACAUCACCAUCCUCAGCGCCGCCGGCACCGUCCUCGUGUUUGUCGGCGUCUUCUUGUACAACAAGGCCCGACAGAUCCAGAGGGAGACCCUCCAGGCCAUGGCCGCCGAGCAGAACCACAGACCGCUGCUGCACGACCAGGACUUCCAGGGCUCCCAGUCUAACUGAAGACCUGGUGCUGUGGGCUCUGAUGCCUGUGGACGUACGGGCGGUUCCACAUGCAGACACAUUCCACACACCUGACUGGACCCACUGGGCUUUAUUUUCAGGUUCCACUCGGUGCCAUCUUUGGUCUCGUUCCCUAACAUGAACUUUUGCAGCUGCCUCGGUCCAGGUCAGUGGAACUCUACAGUAUUUCUCAGUCCCUAACUCAGCUUCCAUUCACACUCUGCUCUUUGAUCCGGUUCUGGUUCUGGUUCUGGUUCUGGUUCUGUGUGGACCAUUUUGCUCAGGGUGUCCUUCAUCUGUUUGAAGGAAGUGACUUCUGUUUAGUCUUAAAUGUACAUUCCAGACGGUAAUGCUGAGUGUCAUCUGUGCUACAACAGCUGCUGAAUGUAUCCUAUUGUGAAUAUCUGUAACUGAUCCGGUGUCAGUGACACCACACAUGGUGACGGUGUCGGAGUCAAAGGAGGAAACAGGGCGCCGGCGCCACAGACCGAGGCCUUUUGGACGCUCGUCCAGCCAACGCAGGGACAGGCGGUCUAACAUGAACACCACAUACUGCAUUCUGGGAAUGCUCUUCCUCUAUCAUGAACUGUCAGAGGUGGAUUUAGGAGCCCGACACUCCCCAAUGCAUGCUGGGAUUGCAGCAUCAUGACAUCAUAAAGACAAACUGGUGACUGUGUUUACAUGCACACGGAAAGUCCACAUUUCUGAAUGUGACCGUACUCUGAUCACAUGAGAUUUGUACUGGAAAUGAAUUGAAUUUAGCUCCAUAGAAUUUAUUUCAGUAUUAAAAAGAACAUGAAGUAUUUUGUUGAGGGUGAAAAUGCAGAUAAUUCUACAGGAUAUUCUGAAUUAGAGCUUUUUCUUACUGGGCAUUUUCCAAUGAAGACGUGGAAGACACCAACGUUAUUCCGGUCUGCUGAGGAUUCUUUGGACGGUGCAUUUAGAAUGUGUGUCUUAAGCCGUGUUUCCACUACAUGGUACCGGCUCGACUCAUCUCAGGUACCGGGUACUGGUACCUGGAGGCCGUUUCCAUUACAGGAUAGUACCGACUUUAGAGUACCUAGUUGUCAUAUCUUUUCCCGGUGUUGCAUGAAGGUCCUUUGGUAACUGUGUGCUGUCGUCUGCUCUGAUAAACUCGCUUGUUGUGUGUUGUCUCGUCAAACUCACGCUGAAUCUUUUCAUCGUCCACUAAGGACAGAAAUGUCUGAACCUCCUGGACUGACCACGGUGUCGUUUUAUGGGCUGUCAUCAUGGAUGUAUUUAACCUACAGGUAUAUUAACUGUAAACUUCUGAAUCUGGUUUGUUAAAAAUGGUAGGCUGCACAUUGAUGACAUGAUGACGCAGUGACAACUCUCUAACCAGUCGCUGGUCUGCAGUGUUUAUACCACAGGUGUCAAACAUGCGGCCUGGGGGCCGAAACCGGCCCACCAAAGGUUCCAAUCCGGCCCGCAAGAUGAAUUUGCAAAGUGCAAGUUAGGGCAUC